AUGAAUGCCCGUACAUUGUGCUGCACGGCACGAUCGACGUCAUCACCGAGACAAUUUCUUCCAUGCAUGGAGUAUAAAUGCAGAAGAGGAGCACGAGUCCGCGAAGACCCAGCGAGUCAUGUUGAGAAUUUGAGCAUUUUUGGCAGUUUGUCCAGCUCACAGAACAAGCUCGGAGCUCGCGGUAGGCAGCCAUGGCCGAGGAGGCCGCGCCCCACGUUCUCCUCAUCUGCUACCCGGGCCAGGGCCACAUCAACCCCAUGAUCCGCCUCGCCAAGCGCAUCGCGUCCAAGGGCCUCCUCGUCACCUGCUCCUCCUCCAGCAUCGUCCGCGACAAGCUCGCCGCCGCCUCGGGGGUGUCGGCUGGCGGCGACGGCGUGCUCGUCGGCCGCGGCCGCAUCCGGUUCGACUUCCUGGACGACCACUUCGACGGGACGGAGCUGGACCUGCACAACUUCCUGCGGCACCUCGAGACGACCGGGAGGCUGGCUCUGGCCGGCCUGCUCGGCCACCAGGCGGAGGCAGGGCGGCCGGUGGCGUGCAUCGUCGGGAACCCGUUCCUGCCGUGGGCGACCGACGUCGCGGCCGAGGCCGGCAUCCCCUCGGCGGUGCUGUGGGUGCAGUCGUGCGCGGUGUUCUCCAUCUAUUACCAUUUCGUUCACGGGCUCGCGGAGUUCCCGCGCGAGGACGACCCCGACGCGCGGUUCGCGCUCCCGGGCCUCCCGGCGCUGUCCGUCGCCGACGUGCCGUCGUUCCUGCUCGCGUCGCACCCGUACAAGGUACUCGGCGACACCAUCCAGGACCAGUUCCGCAACAUGGGCAAGGCGUCGUGGGUGUUCGUCAACUCCUUCGCGGAGCUCGAGCGCGACGUGAUCGCCGCGCUCCCGGGCAUCAGGCCGCGCCCGCCGCAGCUCAUCCCCGUGGGCCCGCUCGUCGAGCUCGGGGGGCAUGACGACGACGGCGGCGUUGCGGUGCGCGGCGACCUGAUCAGGGCGGCGGACGACUGCGUCGGGUGGCUGGACGCGCAGGCGCCGCGGUCCGUCGUGUACGCGUCGGUCGGGAGCAUCGUGAUGCUCCCCGCAGAGGCGGUCGCCGAGAUGGCGCACGGGCUCGCGUCCUCCGGCCGGCCCUUCCUGUGGGUGGUGCGGCCGGACACCCGCGCGCUGCUCCCGGAGGGGUUCCUGGACGCCGCCGCCGGUCGCGGCAUGGUGGUGCCGUGGAGCCCGCAGGACCGCGUGCUGGCGCACGCCGCCGUCGCGUGCUUCCUCACGCACUGCGGCUGGAACUCCACGCUCGAGACGAUCGCCGCCGGCGUGCCCGUGGUCGCCUUCCCGCAGUGGGGCGACCAGUGCACGGACGCCAAGUUCCUGGUAGACGUGCUCAAGAUGGGCGUCCACCUCCGCGCCCCGCUGCGGCGGGAGGGUGUGCGGGAGGCCGUGGAAGCAGUCACUACGGGGCCAGAGGCCGGCGCCAUGCUCGCCAACGCCAGGUCGUGGAGCGCGGCGGCCCGGGCCGCGGUGGCGCCAGGUGGGUCGUCGGACCGGCACGUGCAGGCGUUCGUCGACGAGGUAUCGCGGCGAGCGCGUGGAGGGCGAGCAGAAGCAUCUACGUUUAGUUAACGGACGAACCAUACCUUAAUUACCAUGUUCCUGUGGGUUAGUCGUGGUAAGCGUGGUGAAUACUGAAAAUAAUAAAGGGAAAUAAUCAAGACAGGCACUAUCGUCUCAUACUCACCGUAUGAACGAAUUUUUGUGUACUCUUCCAUCAAAUGAACGUAUUUGGAACCUUCGAUCGUCAA